AUGCCGGAUCCGGGCGCAUCGCUGCAUAUUGUUGACGCGGGGCCUGUCGAACACCUACCCACAGUGUUUCGCCUCGAUGACUUCCAAGUUGCUCGGCUGCCGCGCGACAGCAAGCUCGUCUCCGAAGUUGUGUCGGUGCUCCGCGUUGAUGGUGUGCACUAUCAUCUGAACUCAAGCCUUGUCCCAGACAAAAGCAACGUCGUGCUGUGCUCGACAUGCGCCAAGGACCCGACUGCAGGGUCUCACAGUAUCGCCAAGGGCUACGACUACGGGCGGUGCGAGACGUUGCCAAAAAUCAGCGACGCUACCUUGCGGGCUAUCACAGCUGCACGUGCGCAUCAUAUUAACCUUCUUGUGCGCCAGCACCACGCAACCGCCCACUGCAUUUGCUUUUUUGCGGAUGGGCCGAUCCAAGUCGCCAAGAUUUUGCCUGAAGUCACGGACGGGCGACGAUUCCAUGUGACGUACGUCGGACCACACGAGAAGUGCGAUGAGACGCUCAAUUCCAUCCGUGAGCACCACGAGAUCGUUGCAGACACCGCUUCUCGAUAUCUUCACGUCUGGAAAGGCGUGGGCCAUCCGGGCUACGUUGACGUCACUAUCGACGACAGCACAGAAAUGCGCAAUCGUAUGACCGCCGAAACCGACGCGAUCGAGCGCGAGGUCAUCAUCAACGACGACCAAGACGUCAUUGCACUCAAGGAGUAUCUUGACGACAAUGUCGACGUCGUUGACGGCGACGAUUAG